CAUAGGAGUCUUGGUAAAAAUGUGAUGUUUACUAUUUUUCUAGCCAUCUUAAAUCUAAUUUGUUACCGAAUUUAUUUCAAUGGAUUAUCAGUGAUUAUCGAUUAAUUGUUUCCAUUCACAACAAUUUGAUGAUAACUAAGGAGUUUGAUCUAAACAACAUAUCUCAUUGGUUCUUAUUGAUUUAAUAGCGUGAGGCCAAGUUUAUAUCAUCUUGAUAAUGGAUCACGAAUGUAUUGUUGUUGCUGCUAAACCUGUAGAGGAAAGGAAAACUAUUUCUAGAAAAACUGAACAGCAUUCAUCAUCAUCAGUGCCUUAUGAUAUUCUCAAUGAUCCAUCAUUGAAUUAUCAAAUUAAGGUUAGUCUACCCAGCAAUUACAAUUUUGACAUACCUCGUAUUAUUUGGAAAAUGCGUGAAACUGGAUCAAAUCGAGUUGCUCUUCAAUUCCCAGAAGGACUUUUCAUCUUCUCUACAGCAAUAGCUACAAUUAUUGAACAGUUUACAGAUGCCACUGCGUUUAUUAUCGGAGAUGUUACUUAUGGUGCCUGUUGUGUUGAAGAUUAUCUAGCUUCCUUGGCGAAUUGCACACUUUUAGUACAUUUUGGCCAUUCAUGUUUGAUACCUUUCAAUAACAUAGUCUCAGGAGUAAAGGUCCUCUAUAUAGUUGUUGAGAUACAGUUUGAUUAUUGGAAUUUCAUCGAAACCGUCAAACUAAAUUUUGAAGAUAAAAAGCACGAGAAUAUAGCUGUUUUUGGGACUAUCCAGUUCAUAGAUUCAGUUAAUAAAGCGGUCCAAGAACUAAACACAGAAGGUUACAACAUGGUUGUCCCUCAAAUCAGACCUUUAUCUCGUGGAGAAAUUCUUGGCUGUACUGCUCCUAUUCUUGAUCGUAAUACGUCGAUAGUGUUAUUUGUUGCUGAUGGAAGGUUCCAUAUGGAAGCUGUGAUGAUUGCUAAUCCUUGGGUUGCAACAUAUUACAAAUACAACCCUUACGAUAAAUGUAUCACCAUUGAAUCAUACGAUUAUCCUGAAAUGAUCACACAAAGACGCAGAUCUAUUGCCCAAGCAGUUAAAGUUCUUGAAAAAGGUGGUGUAUUUGGAUUCAUUUUAGGAACUUUGGGUAGACAAGGGAGUCCUAAAGUUCUUGAAAAUAUGGUCAAUAGAUUUAAAAAGGAAGCUCCAAACUGUCAACACGUAACUUUAUUAAUACCAGAAAUCAAGCCACCAUUGUUGAAAGAACUGGGUGACUCUGUAGAUAUUUGGGUUCAAACAUCAUGCCCUCGCCUUAGUAUUGAUUGGGGUGAUGAAUUCAAAGACCAUCCAUUGUUAAACCCUUAUGAAUUUAAUCUAACUAUGGACUCAUUUAUGAAUAGUAAACCAAGUGAAACAAUUUUAAGCAGUCAAGAAAAAAAUGGCUAUCCAAUGGACUUUUAUGCUUCAGCUUCCCUUGGUAACUGGACUCCAAUUCAUCGCUGCAAUAAAACUUGUGAUUGUAAAUAAAAGGGCGAACAUUUCCUUCAUUGAUUUAAUAAAUUGUUAUUUUGCGACAUUUA